AAGCGGCUUGCUCGUGACGGCAUGAGCAUUGGCAUCAAACACGUUUCUUCCAACUGGAUACUUCGAAAAGGAUGCAUAAAAUGUGGUGUUGGUUAACAGUGUUUCAUCUAUUCGUCCUUUAUGAUUUCGUUCACUGUAUCACGUUGACCGAGGUGCGAGUUCCCAAACAUACGAUCCGAGGCCACGCCGUCAAGCUCGAGUGCCACUAUGAUAUGGAAGGUGAGGCGCUGUAUUCAGUGAAGUGGUACAAGGAUGGACGUGAGUUUUAUCGCUUCGUGCCAAGAGACGAUCCUCCGGGAAGUGUUUUCCCCCAACCAGGCAUAGCCGUAGAUUUAGCAAACUCAACAAGCGAACAAGUGAUUCUAGAUCCACUAGAUUUAUCCUCCAGCGGGAAGUAUAGAUGCGAGGUGUCUGCCGAGGCACCCUCGUUCCAAACCGUCUCCGACCAUGGAGAAAUGAUGGUUGUGGUUUUGCCUGACCAGGAUCCGUACAUCACGGGCGGUAGGCCACGGUACCAGAUCGGUGAUCCGGUGCGGGUAAACUGUACCUCGGGCCGCUCCAAACCGGCCGUCCAUCUCACGUGGUACAUCAACGGUGAUCCCGCCGAACCGGGGCUGGUGAAACGGUACGACCCACACAUUACCGGAGUCGACAAGCUGGAAACAUCCGUACUGGGACUGGAGUUUCGCGUCAAACCGAAACAUUUCAAGCACGGCGAUAUGAAGUUGAAGUGCCUCGCAACCAUCUCGACCGUGUACUGGAAGAGCAACGAGGAAAGUGUUGAGGGUGAAAAAUUGCAGAAAGCACCUACGCUGGAAUCCAGACGGGCCGUAUCGGCUGAUUCGCGGGCAGACCGUGUGCAAGCGGCGGCUUCAAGCAACUGGGCAACGGAAAGCGCUGACCGGCUGUCGGCAGCCAAAUUAGUCACAUAUAUUUUUGUUCUGUUGGCAAGUUAUCGUUACACUAGUUAA